AUGUUAAAAUACAAAGUUACGAUUAUAUUACAAGGCAAACUAAUACAAAACUUACAUUUUGGGCCAUAUGCUAAAGAUUGGUGGAUUUCAUGUCCAACUCAUAAUGGCUUAACAUAUACACUUCUCUAUCCAAUUCAUCUUGGGAUGAAAACUAUAACUACAGUAAACCAGCAUGACUUCAUAAUUACAGUUGUUCAGAAUAAUUUUGAACCUGAGUAUAUAUGUCAAUCAGAAGCUUUGCAAAAUAAUAUAUGUCAAAGUUCCUCAAAAGCAAUUACUUCUAUAUAUCAACAAGCUUUUUCUACAAAAACUAGAUUAGAUAGUCUCUUAGUUAUGGGUUAUGAUGAUUCAGAGAUAUGUAAAAUGUUACUUUCCGAUAUUUAUUUUCAUCCUUAUACUUUUAAAAUUGGAAACUUAAAUGUGAUUAUUUUUGAAAUUGGUAAAUCGAACAACCCUGAUUGGAAUUAUGCUGGAAAAGGAUAUCGAAGCUCUUUUGUGCAUAACUUUUGCAAAACUCGAAUGAUAUUUUUUCAAGAAUUUAAUAAUAAUAAUGCGAUUGCUAGAAUUUAUCAAAAUUUUUAA